CACACACACACACACACACACACACACACACUCUGUUUAUCGGCCAGUCGGCUGCAGGAUUAGUUUCGCCGAUUGAUUGUCGCGGGAUACUGCACCGUGGUGCAUAAUUGCAAAUGGAUCGGGAAGCUAAUACUGGACAAAAUGCUUUGGAGCGCAUGCUUCUUGAUGAAAAUGCAGAGCCAACUGAUCUGCCAUUUUCACUUCUACAGGACAUCACAAAUUGUUUCUCCGAUGAUCAGCGAAUUGGCGUUGGUGGUUUUGCUGUAGUUUACAAGGUGCUACAUAUUGAACACCUCUAAUUACAAUUGUUUUUAGAAGUAACUGCAUCGUCAUGUCCAAAGUUGAUGCCACAAUAAAUGUUGAGGCCGCAGGGGAUGGUCGGACAUGGGUUGGUUGCUGUGAAGAAGCUUUACAAAACAUUUGACAAUCUAGAUGAGAAUAAAUUCCACAAGGAGGUUGAAUGCUUGAUGAAGGCCAAGCACAAGAAUAUUGUACGCUUUCUAGGAUAUUGUGCUGAAACACAGGGAAAGGUUGCAGAUUACGAGGGAAAGUUUGUCAUGGCAGAUACACGAAACUGGCUACUAUGUUUUCAGUAUGUGCCCAAUGGGAGUCUUGACAAGUAUAUUACAGAUGCAUCUUGUGGGCUUGAAUGGAGGAAACGCUAUGAGAUAAUCAAGGGGAUAUGUGAGGGCUUAUGCUAUCUUCAUGACAUGCGUAUUCUUCAUUUGGAUCUCAAGCCUGCUAAUAUAUUGAUAGAUGAUCAAAUGGUACCCAAGAUUACCGAUUUUGGUCUCUCGAGGUGCCUCGAUGAAGAGCAAACACGGGUUUUUACAUCACACCUUUGGGGAUCACUAGGGUAUUUGGCGCCAGAAUUCUUUAGAGGACAAAUAGCAUUCGCGUCAGACAUAUACAGUCUUGGUGUUAUAAUUGUGGAGAUGCUGACAGGAGAAAAGGGGUAUCCAGAAGAUGAGAAGGUAGUUCGAAACUGGAUACAUCGGCUGGAGGAGGACACACAGUUGGAGCAAGUAAGAGUAUGUACUGAGAUAGGGAUAGAAUGCAUGGAGUUGGACCCAAAGAGAAGACCGGCUGCACGUCAUAUAGUCGAUAGGCUUGAUGCAACGACAAGUAUGGUCGAAACUGGCACCGGUAGUUCAUCAAUUGAACGGCCAAUGAUGCCAUAUAAUUGUCGAGAGAGAACUGAAAAUAUAUUUGCAGCUGAAAUAGAAGAAACUAUACAAAAUCUUCUGACACUUGAAGAUUACCAAUGCCAAGAUAAAGAAUCAUAUGCAAUAUGGGGAUCGCAAGAAGCGAAGCAAGAUCGAAAAGGUGCAUGCAUCUUGGACAGGAGACCAUACUACAAUUUCACGAGGACAGGGCGUACGGUACAUCAGUCAAAUAGGGAUUCGUCGAGGAGAAAACAAUCAAAUAGUGUAGAUAUCUUCCAAAGUAUCUCCCGGAAGGAGGAGCCCAAGCCAAUAUUAAGCAGAUGUCAUUCUUGGUAAUAGACUAAUCGCAUCAACAAAGCUAUGUGAUUGCUGCAGAACGAAUUUAUUUUCAUAGGUUUUUACGCACAAGUGGAUGUUUCAGUGCCAUUGUUGGGCUGAGUGUGCAUGCGUGCGCAUUUAUACAUGUAAUCAUACCAUAGGUAGUGAAUCAAGAUUCCAUUUUUCUCUACUUUGGUGGAGUUGGAGUGAUUAGUUUUGGUUUAUUUUCCUCUAAUGUUGAC